CGGAGCAGGGAGGCGGUGUACUCUCCGCCCAGCUAAUUUCUCCCCGGUCUUGGCCUGGACAGGUGGUGCUGCUCGGGACUGCCGUUGCACGCGUUCUGGCUCGGACCACAUCUCUCUCUGGGGACCGUACCCGUGGCUGGGGAACCGAGUGAGGCCGUUGCCUUGACGACAACAGCAUGCGGCCCCUGGUCCCCGGAAUAGUGAGUUUGCCAAGGGAGGGCCGUGGCCCAUCUGCCGCCCUGCCUGCUGCUUCUAGGACCUGUCACUGAUCCGCAGAGGAAAUCUCAACCCAGGGGAGCUGCCAGUUUGCCAGUCAGCGUCUUUUUGACCUGCCAACGAGAUGCAUGUGUUUCCAAGUUGAAAACCUUUGGCUCUGUCUAUGUGAAAAGGAGUUGAAGAAGCAGAAAAAUUCCUACUGGUUUUAAAUUAAAAUGGAAAAAUAUGAGAAUCUUGGAUUGGUUGGAGAAGGGAGUUAUGGAAUGGUGAUGAAAUGUAGGAAUAAAGACAAUGGAAGAAUUGUGGCCAUCAAGAAGUUCUUAGAAAGUGAUGAUGACAAAAUGGUUAGAAAAAUUGCUAUGCGAGAAAUCAAGUUACUAAAGCAACUGAGGCAUGAAAAUUUGGUGAAUCUGUUGGAAGUGUGUAAGAAAAAGAAACGCUGGUACCUAGUCUUUGAAUUUGUUGAUCACACCAUUCUUGAUGACUUGGAACUUUUUCCCAAGGGACUAGACUAUCAAGUUGUCCAAAAGUAUUUGUUUCAGAUUAUUAGUGGAAUUGGAUUUUGUCAUAGUCACAAUAUCAUACAUAGAGAUAUAAAGCCAGAAAAUAUACUGGUCUCUCAGUCUGGUGUUGUCAAGUUAUGUGACUUUGGAUUUGCUCGAACACUGGCAGCUCCUGGGGAGGUUUAUACUGAUUACGUGGCUACCCGAUGGUACAGAGCACCAGAACUGCUGGUUGGUGAUGUCAAGUAUGGCAAGGCUGUUGAUGUGUGGGCCGUCGGUUGCCUGGUAACUGAAAUGCUCAUGGGGGAAGCCCUAUUUCCUGGAGAGUCUGAUAUUGAUCAACUGUAUCACAUUAUGACAUGUUUAGGUAAUUUAAUUCCAAGACAUCAGGAGCUGUUUUAUAAAAACCCUGUGUUUGCUGGAGGAAGAUUGCCUGAAAUAAAGGAAACAGAGCCUCUUGAAAGACGCUAUCCUAAGCUGCCUGAGGUUGUGAUAGACUUAACAAAGAAGUGCUUACAUGUUGACCCAGACAAAAGACCUUUCUGCCCUGAGCUCCUGAGCCAUGAUUUCUUUCAAGCGGAUGGGUUUGCUGAGAGGUUUUCUCAGGAACUUCAGUUAAAAGUUCAGAAAGAUGAAAGGAAUAUGUCAUGUAAAAAAUCCCAAACCAGAAAGAAGGAAAAGGAAAAAGAUGAUCCCUUUAGUGAAGAAAGAAUAACACCUGUGGUACAGGACACCAAUAGUGAAUCCAAAAUUACGGACUCUAAACCAUUUAAAUUAAAAGCAUCAAAACUUGAUGGAGAAAAAGUCAACAGAGCUUCAAAUGCCAACUGUCUGUCUGACCAUGGGACCAGCCACACCAAAGCAGCGCCUUCCACAAGCCUCAGAGACAGCAGCGUUGCCAACUUGGACCGUGCGAAGAGCCCAGGCGUGGCAAUUCCUCCACUCACACACAGUCUUGCUACCAUGGCUGCUGGUGUUAAUUCUGUGGUGGGCACCAUCCCAGGAGGGCAGAAUUACAGAAUGGAUGAGAAAACUAAGUAUUGCAUUCCAAUUGUUAAACCAAAUAAGCUCUCUCCAACGGGAAUUUACAACAUGAAUGUGGCUACGCCAGUCUCUAAUGAAAAGAGCCUCCUUCAGGCAAAUAAGAAAAGAAAAGAAUAUGCCAGAGCAGAUGUCCAUUUGCCUGAACUAAACUACAACCAUCUCCCUCAGCUAAAAGCCUUAGAAGGCAUUGCUCGAAAUUCUAGGUUAAUAAAGAAAGAGAACAAAACUCUAUUGGAAACCCGGAUUCCUCCACUGACUGCCAUUGACCUGCAUUCUCCCAGUACUGCAGUGCAUCAGGCAUCAGGAUCUUUCUCAUCAGAUGAUUCAGAGGCCGAUUUGCCUCGGAUGGAACACCAGCACUGACAAUCAUUUUAAUUCUAAUCAGGAUGCUGCUCUUGCACUGGAAAUGAGGUCCUCUUGCAACAGGAGUGCUGAUGUCCUGGGAGAAGCGCCCGUGUUUUGAUAAUUUCCUUCUGAACUGCUUGUUUUUCUAUGAAAGGCUUAGUAUAAGAAGAAGACAGAAACUUCUGAAUGUAUCCAAGGGGGAUUGAACAAGUCCCUCCUGCUCCAUCCCCAUCUGUGACCCCAUCGCGUUUCUAAUGUACCAGUGCUAUUUCAAGAUAUAGCCAAUGAGAGAAUAGUGGCAUGCUUCUUGUACACGAAGGUGUAUUUGCGGUUAGUAGAUUGUAUCUUUAAAGUUACCCAAGAUAAAAAAGUGAGUAAAAGAAGGGGAGAAAAACAUUAUAAAAGGUCAUGUUAUUUAUGCAUUGAAUUUUGUGUGAUCUGUAUAAAUGUUUAUGGUUGAAGAGAAUGAAUAAAAAUAAAAAGAAAAAAACCCUAGGAUCCAUAGAAGAAAAAUUUUCUUUUACAUUAACUAUAAAAGCUAUAUACACAACUACUGUCCAUGCAUAGACAUAUAUGUUUGGUUUCUGUCAUGAUUGUUGAUACUCAGUAUAUUUGUUAUAGGAAUCUGAUCUCUCUGCUAAUCUUCUAAGAACCACAGUAAGGCAAAUCUGGUAGAGAAAGCUUGUAUGUCUAAUGAUUUAUAAGUCAUUGUAAGCUUGUAAGAUUCUGGUGCUAAAGUUCCUAUGUAGAGGAACAAAAUUGGAAUGAGUGGAGUAGGAGAAAUUUAAAGGUAUACCUUCAGAUGGAGAAGCACAGGUGCUUUUCAUUGAAAAAACAGGUAUGCAUUCAAGAUAGGGAAGCAGGGUCACUAAUAAUCAGGGUGGUUACUCUUCUCUGGGCCCAGUGCUAUUGAUUCAACUGGCUGAAGAGGCUUUGGUUGGGAAGGGCUCUGUUGUAGACUCCACUCUUGGCCACUGGGAGUUUGAGGAUGAGAAUGGACAGAAGCCAGAGAUGUUUGCUAUUUCCUUGUUACCUCAGACACUUAGGUCCUCCUCAAAGCUAUUCACCAAGGUGCAAAAUCAUUUAUGCAUAGCCCACAGGUGCUUUCUAGUGCACAGAUCCAGAUCUUUUUAGGUAGGAGGAUCAGACAUACUUGAAGCCAACAUCUUUAAAUCUUUUACAUGAAAGUCAAUGUGAAAAUAUUUGCUUAACUGAGGUUCUAGUACCCUUAGAGUUUAUAUAUUUGCAUAUGGUGUCUUUUAUCUAUUAAGAGUCCUUGUGAACCUCAGAAUUAAGGAACUAAAAAUCACUUAUGUCCAUAUUGAGACUUGAGGAUCAUAUCUGGUUAGAAUCUUGGGAGAACUACUAAAAAUGAUUUUGAAAGGCUGGGAAGGUGGCUCAGCGGUAGAGUGCUUGCCUUGCAUGCAUGAAGCCCUGGGU